UGGUACCGCCUGAAUUUUGCCGCAAAGCCAACUGAGUCGAUACCAUUUUAAAACGUGUAUCCGAGAGGCGAUGGAGGAGGCAACGAUGUAGCGGUUCGUUCUAAUCCUAAACCAUAUGUUGUUUUAGUGCGUGUCUGUUCUGUUUUGUUUUGUAUUAAUUUCUGUUUUCAUCGCCGCACCCACCAUAUUAUUUUUAUUGUGAGCUAGCUAGCUAACGUUUGGUGGUAGCAGGUGCACUGUUAUUUGUAUCAUAGAGAACAAUCGUCUACGAGAAAGCGUUGGCUUUAAUAACCGAGGAGCUCAACUGAAUUUAAAUAUUUGUCGAUUUGCUAAUGCUGACCGGCUUUCAAAUUUGCGCCUCAUCUUUACCAGCCUAGUAAAUUAGUUCCCCUGGCAACGUACGGUAGUCAUUAUGACAGGUGAAAAGAUACGCACCGUGCGGAAGGACCACAACAAAGCAAACAAAAAUGACGAGAUACUGGACACGUACGACGAGACCUCUAACGGGACUAUUCCCAACGGCACCGGUAACCAUUACAAGUCCAACAAGGCUUUCCAGAAAUCAGCCAAGACCUCGGCGCUGCAACAGCAACUCAACGCGAACAACAUCAACGACAACUCUUCAAUUGGCACCAUUGUCAAUGAUAACAACAAAAAUCCAAUUAUCCUGACAACUGAAGGCUUGGAGUUCCCCGUGCAUGAAUGUGUGUUCAAGGGAGACGUGCGUCGCCUCUCCUCUCUCAUCAGGACCCACAGCAUCUCUCAGAAGGAUGUACACGGGAACACACCUCUUCACCUGGCUGUGAUGCUGGGCCACAAAGAGUGUGCUCUCCUCCUGCUGGCCCACAAUGCACCCGUCAAGAUAAAGAACGCACAGGGAUGGAGUCCUCUAGCAGAAGCCAUCAGCUAUGGGGACAGGCAGAUGAUCACAGCAAUUCUGCGGAAGUUAAAGCAGCAGUCGAGGGAGAGUGUGGAGGACAAGAGGCCAAAAUUGCUGAAAGCUCUCAGGGAGCUUGGUGACUUUUAUCUGGAGCUGCAUUGGGAUUUCCAGAGCUGGGUGCCUUUACUGUCCCGAAUGCUGCCAUCGGAUGCUUGUAAAAUCUAUAAACAGGGCAUCAAUAUCAGACUCGACACCACUCUGAUAGACUUCACCGAUAUGAAGUGUCAGCGCGGAGAUCUCAGCUUCAUUUUCAACGGCGACGCCGCGCCCUCCCAGUCCUUCGUGGUUCUCGACAACGAAGCGAAGGUGUACCAGAGAAUACACCACGAGGAGUCAGAGAUGGAGACGGAGGAAGAGGUGGAUAUUCUGAUGAGCAGCGACGUCUAUUCUGCAACUCUGUCCACCAAGUCCAUCACUUUCUCUCGUAGUCAGAUCGGCUGGCUCUUCAGGGAGGAUAAGACAGAGAGGGUCGGAAACUUCGUGGCUGACUUCUAUGCAGUGAACGGUCUGGUGCUGGAGUCGCGCAAACGGCGCGAGCACCUGAGCGAAGAGGACAUCCUGAGGAACAAAGCCAUCAUGGAGAGCUUGAGUAAAGGCGGCAGCAUCAGCGAGCAGAAUUUCGAGCCCGUGAGGAGACAGUCCCUCACAGCUCCAGCCCCCAAUACAAUUUCAUGGGAAGAGUACAUAACCGCAGAGCACGGAAAGCCACCUCAUCUUGGCAGAGAGCUCGUGUGUAAGGAAAGCAAGAAGAACUUCAAAGCUACUGUAGCCAUGAGCCAGGAUUUCCCUCUAGGCAUCGAGUCGUUACUGAACGUGUUGGAGGUCAUAGCCCCGUUCAAGCACUUCAACAAGCUCAGAGAGUUUGUCCAGAUGAAACUUCCACCCGGGUUUCCAGUCAAGCUCGACAUCCCCGUCUUCCCCACCAUCACGGCGACCGUCACCUUCCAGGAGUUCCGCUACGACGAGUUUGACGAGUCCAUUUUCUUCAUCCCCGCCGAGUACAAAGAAGAUCCCAGUCGCUUCCCAGACCUCUAACGUGGAAACGCGCCCGACCCAAACAGGAAGCGGUCAGAGAGCGUGAGAGGAUGGAGGCAGAAAUGGUUUUACUGUGUGUGUAUAUAUAUAUUGGGGGGAAAAAAAGGGGGGAGUGUCAUAUUGGACAGUUGUUCAUUUCAUGGAUCCAGAGCAAAUCAAUGCAAGCAGAUGUUACAGAGCGCCAUCCCACGUAUAGAUGCGUUCUGGCAGUCGUUUUUUUUGUGAAAUGAGUGAUGGCUUUCGUUGUACCUGCUGUUCACUGACCGAGCGGUUUAAACUUUAAACCGGCCGCUCCGUGCUGCUGCUCCCUACUGUGAAACAUGUCAGACGACACAGAGCGGACUCUUCCACCGUCACCAUCUCAUUCCUGAAACUGCACUGACGCCUUCGCCUGUAAAUAAUUCAUGUCUCAUCUGGAAUUCAAAGAGAAUCACACAUAUAGCUAUAGCUUCAAACUGAGCUUAAUAUCCAUUUAUAUAUAUUCUGUAUUAUUUAUAUAUAAAUAUAUAUAUAUAUAUAUAUAAAAACUCAAAGGAGCAACACUGUGUAGCAAUACAUUUCCAGUACUUAAGAAUGUUUUUAAAUCAGCUGGGACAAGGUUUAGCUUAAACACACAUUCUUAACAGUUCGAUAUCCGAGCCUUCUCCCGUGUGCAGGACGCAGUCUCCUGUAUUUUCAGGUUCAGCUCAUGUUACCUCUCGGCCGCCUCCAUGUCCGUCGUGAUAGUAUGACUUUCUGUGCUCAGCGUGAGUGAAUAACUGUACUGUAUCGGGGAUUGUUGUGUGUACGUUUGUGUGUGGGAGAACCCAGAUGGGAUAUCAGGUAAACUUAGUUUAACACUGCACUGAUGUUAAGUAUAUUUAAGGCAUGCUAUGGCUGUGUUGGGCCCCUGGAUCACAUGCGUCUUUCUUUCAGCUAUAUUCUCUUUGUUAAAUUACCCGCAGACUCACUGGUAUUUAGAUUAAGUAAAAAAAAAAUGAAGAUUAUAACACUAACACCUUUUAGUGUUUAUAAAUUCUCCACUUGAUGGUAGUCUGCGUUUUUCUUUUUUUUUUAAAUAUAUAUUAUAUAUAUAUAGAAAACCAAGGGGAUGGAACUAAGCUGUGAAGUUUAUAUUACUGGAUAUCCCAACUGUCCAGAGAGGAAAUAUUCUUUGAGAUCAUUUGAGGUGUCUGCUUCAGCUAAUAUGUACCGCAACCAUACACAUCCCUUUAAAUAAAGCACCAGCAUCAUGUUUCAACUGA